UUUGGAAGUGGCGUUCAUUUGCAGGCUCUGCUGAGCGUGUAGUUUAUAUUCUUCUCAGCAAUCCGUUUUGUUCAGUGGAGUGCUUGUUUGCAUAGCGGUAGACGGGCUGAAAGCUUGCAGCGUCAUCAAGGCCAGUGAUCAUGGAGUUAUCUCCUCUUCCUUUAAAAGGUUCAGUGUUUUCUGACUGAAAAUGUCUGGCAAAAAUGCAGGAAGCUGACUUGGUUGCCAAAAUGCUUCGAGCUGUUCUCCAAUCCCAUAAAGAUGGAGUACCCUUUAUCCGUUUGCAAGGGGAGUAUAAAUCUUUAACUGGAGACUGGAUCCCUUUUAAACUGCUGGGGCACCCUUCUUUGGAAGCGUACCUGAAAAGUGUUCCUGGAGUUGUCAGGAUUGAACUCAGCAGAACUGGAGAGGUCAUUUGCCAUGCUGUGGCUUGCCAGGAGACUGCGAAGAUUGCUCAGCUCGUAGCCCGCCAGAGGACUUCCAAAAAAAAGACAGGGCGGCAAGUGAAUUGCAGGAUGAGGCUGAAAAGGGCUGCUCCACUUGCCUUAGUAGGCAAGCCAACGUGCACUCUGAGGAAACCUGGAUUCAUGAACCCAUCCGAAAACAGUGAGAGGCCCAUGCUUCCGCUGCUACAGAGCAGGGGAAGCCAUGCAAUCAUUGGACCGUGUGUGAGCAGUGGACUGUUCCCUGUUUCCCCAGCUUUCAGCAGUGCUGAACCAAGAGAAGUCUUAAUACAGGGACACAUGACAGUGAUGAACAGACCUGAAAAAAUGGUAGUCCUUCCUCCACGGUUUCAGCAAGAUCUUCAAGUGCAUCUAUCAAGAAACCUUCCUUCUGACUUGAAUGCAAAUGCAAAUGAAACAAGGCGAGUAAUGCAAGCUCUUCCUGCUUGUCCUUCGAAUAUCAACAUCAUUGAGAUCCAGAGAAGAACCCAAGAGAUCCUGAACAGAUUCAGCAGUGGAAUAUGGCUAUCUAAGAUGCCACAUCUGUACAAAGAGAUCUACAAAGAGGACUUCAAUCCAGCCUUGCUGCCAUACUUUGAAUACUGGCCUCACAUUUGUAUAGCACAGAAGGUGUGCUCUUCAAGCAACAGGGAUGUCCUUCUCUUCCCUGUGACCAAAACGCAUCAUGCAGUAAAGAGUAUCUCAGGCCAGGAAGGAAAACCUCAAUCUGCAUUAACAGAAGAGCCUGCACAGAACAGAUGUGCUGCGGCAUCCUAUGGGGACUUCAAGCAAAAAAUUGCAGCCCUCCUGGUAAACUAUUCUAGUGGCCUUUGGGCGAACGCACUCCCAAAGGUGUAUGAAGACACCUACAAAGCAACAUUUCCACACGAUGUUCUGAACCAUCUUGGCUCACUCUCAGAUGUUUGCACUGUGGACUAUGUAUCGGGCAACCCCCAAAAGGCAAUUCUCUAUGCAAAAUCAAAGAAGAAUUCUGAGCCUCUGAAUGCUACUGGCAAACUCCAGGUCCACGAAGACCUGAAGAAAGUGGCAGAGCAAGAGGCUUCUGCAGUUAUACAGGAAGCCCAAGAGGAGAGUUCAGAAAAUAUAACCGUGCCUCCAUUAAUUGUUCCAGCAGAAACAUCGCCAUCAGUUUUGGUUGUGGAACUGGACAAUACAAAUGAAGUUGUGAUCAGGUACAUAGGCAAAGAGUAUUCUGUGGCCCAGGAAUUAAUGGAAGACGAGAUGAAGGAUUACUACCACCACCAGAACCCCUCGGAUUUUCAUGUACGGUCAGUUAAAGUUGGACAGCUUGUUGCUGUGCCUGCAGAGGAGAAUGCUUGGCUACGGGCAAAGGUUGUCACAGUGGAAAGCAACAGAAUAAAGGUGUACUAUGUUGACUAUGGUUUCAAUGAAAGCAUUGAAAAUUCCAAAGUGUACAAACUAGCCAAGCAGUUCUAUUCGCUGCCGUUCCAAGCUUCAAAAUGUAGACUGGCAGGGUUGGAGCCCUUUUAUGAUGACCCUGUUUUGGUGAAAAUGGUGGAUUCUCAAACCUGUGGCAAAAUAUUUGCCGUUGAGAUACUGGAGAAAAGCGAUAUUCCUCUUGUUGUCCUUUACGACACUUCAGGAGAGGAUGAUAUCAACAUCAACGCUAUUUGCAUGAAGGCACUUUGCGACAAAUCUCUUGAGCUGCAUCUCCAGGUGAAUGCGGUUUAUGCAAAUGUUAGAGUAACCAAUGUAUGUUCAGAUGGGACUUUAUACUGUCAAGUGCCAUCAAAGGGUCUGACCAGGCUCUCGGAGUGUUUGCAGAAACUGGAAAACUAUUUCCUGCACAAGCAGGUGGCAGAAGGCUCGGUGUCAUUACCUUACUGCGGCAAGAUCUGCUUGUUUAACUGUAAAGGAAAAUGGGCACGUGUUGAGAUAACCAGUGUUCAUAGCAGUCGGGCUCUUGAUGUGCAGUUUAUGGAUACUGGAACAGUAGCAUCUGUAAAAGUGGCAGAGCUAAGAGAGGUUCCCCCAACAUUUCUGCGAGAAAUCAUUGCGAUACCACCCCAGGUGACAAAAUGCUGCUUAGCUGACCUCCCUCGUCAUAUUGGGAUGUGGACUCCAGAUGCCGUGCUUUGGCUGAGAGAUACAGUCUUGAACUGUCCUGACUGCAGUAUUAAGGUUGUUAAACUGGAUGAGUCCCAUAGAAUUGCACAGGUCUAUUUAUUCACACCAAAGAACUUCCCAGACCCAGACCGCAGCAUAAAUAGGCAGAUUACUAAUGCGGAUUUGUGGAAGCACCAGAAAGAUGUCUUCUUAAGCGUCUCUUCUAGCAGCUUCCCCCUUCUAAAGGGGAAAAUGGACUCUCCACAGUGGACAAGGGUACAUAGCGAGAAAGGUCCUUCUGGUCCAUUUCCACACCCUGCGGAGCCCAGUGGUGAGAAAAUGGCGUCAGUUAUGCCGCCACCUUUGCCAUUGCCCAAACCGCGGGAGCAAAUGGACGUCUUUGUCUCGCUGGCCUGCCACCCAGGCUACUUUGUCCUCCAGCCUUGGCAGGAAAUGCACAAUUUGGAAACGCUGAUGGAGGAGAUGCUGCUGUACUAUAGCAAAGCAGAGGAGAAACGUAUUGUUGUGGAAAAGAACAAACUCUAUGCUGCUAAAGUGGAGAAAAGGUGGUACAGAGUGUUAAUAAAAGGAGCGUUGACAAAUGGGCUGGUGUCGGUAUAUCAGCUGGACUAUGGAAAACAUGAACUUGUGAGCAUCCAAAAAGUCCAGCCUCUGCAGGACACAUUCCGAAAACUGCCAUUUCAGGCUAUAACAGCCCAGCUUGCUGGAGUUGACCAGCAGCAGUGGUCCGAGGAAGCUGCGGUAGUAUUCCGCAAUAAUGUUGAGAAGAAACCUCUGGUUGCGCUGUUGCAUGCAGUUGUGGACGGAGCUAAUCCAUGGGACCGAAAAGUCAUAACCUAUUUAGCUGACACUUCCCUACCAGACACGGAUUUAUGGAUCCAUGACCUCAUGACCCAGUACCAUUUGGAGAUUUCAAAAGCUAGUUAAUAAAUUUUUUGAAACUUGAGUACCUUGAGCAAUAAGAAUGUGGUAGGCUUUUUGGAAAAAACAAAACAAAAAAAUGAAUGUUAACAUAGCUGUGACUGAAAAUGUUGGGUUAACCUUUCCUGUUUUUUUGCACUCUUUAAUGCUAAAAUUUAACAAAUACAGAAUGAUGUAUAUACUAAAUAAAGUAUGACUGUUAUUCUAUUGGAAAA